AACAAAAAGAACAACAACAACAACCUCCACAUGCGCUUCCCAUCCUUUCCAAACUUCCUACGCGCCAUCCACACAGUCACAAACACAACCAGCGCCUUCCUCCGCUCAAAUCCCGCCAGCACCCUCGGCCGCACAAUCUACAACACGCCCCAGCGCGCCGUCGUAUACCGAUCGAUGCCCAACAUCCCCUUCUUGGGCGCGCUUUUCGGAUCCAGUGCGAAUAACAUGGCGGAUAACGCUGAUUACCCCGUCAAGAAGCCCGAGGGCGAGUGGCAGGCACAAUUGAGUCCUGAACAAUUCCGCAUCCUCCGCCAAAAAGGCACCGAAAUGCCUGGCUCAGGAAAAUACAACAAACACUACCCCACAGCCGGCGUAUACAACUGCGGCGCAUGCGACGCGCCCCUCUACAAAGCCAACCACAAGUUCGACUCUGGAUGCGGGUGGCCUGCCUUUUGGGACGCCAUUCCCGGUGCUGUGGGACAGAAACCGGAUCCGGGACUCGGCAUGAUGAGGACGGAGAUUGUGUGUAAUAACUGCGGGGGCCAUUUGGGACAUAUUUUUAAGGGAGAGAGGUUUGGAAAUCCAAAGGAUGAGAGGCAUUGUGUUAAUAGUGUUAGUAUUAAUUUUAGUGCGGAGGAUAAGGGUGAGGGUGAGGGGAAGUUGUAGAAUGUGUGGAAGGGCUAUGAUAGGGGAGUAUACUGUAAAGUCAGGUUGUGUCUAUCCUAGAUGGUAUCAUAUCGAAACCUAACAAUUCACAUUCCACAAGUUC